AUGGCUGACUUCCACCACACUACCUCUCCCUCCGCUCGUUCCCACUCUACUUCCCCUCCCUUCAUCCUCUGCCCUGUAUCAACCGCCACCGACGACUCUAACGACUCUUAUGACUCCCUCGCCUCCGUCAACCACAUUGACGGCAUCACCAUAGACGACCCACACCUCAAAAUCGGCGUCCCCAGUCUCCCUAGUCGCAUCAUGAACCCCCACACGCCUAGUGCGGCACAAGUAUUCACUCUAUUUAAUACCAUUCCCCGCAUUCUCAUUCCCGUCUACCCUUCCCCCAUCUAUAACUUGACCCGCUACUUGAACCCCAACCUUGUCGGCGCACUCUAUCACAUCACCUUCACCGACGACGAGGCCCCGAUCAUGUUGGAACAAUCUGGGCUGGAUGAUCCCACAAACUUCUUUUUCUAUUUACAGCAGAUUGUGAUGAACAAGGGACUCAUUAAUCUCCCAUCGCUCCGCAGCGACAUGAUCAGCUACCGCCCUACCGGGUAUAGCUCCCUCGCCAUGAGUCUCCUCCUCCACCACUCCCCAACCGAAUGGGUCGACACUCUUGCACGAAUCCCCUUCCGACGGAAUACCAUCCGUUGGUUCCGCAUUACAGGGUUUGGAAGAGAACGGUUGGUCAUUGAAGAAUACAUGCCGGGUGGAAUGCUGCCGGAACGCCUCUUUCCCACGAAUAGUCGAGGGGAGCAGCACGUCGCCGCGUAUUGGUCCGAAGGGUCUAACCCAUCAGACAACGUGAGGCCCUGGUACAUGGCAAGAUCAGACGUCAUUGCAGAGGAUGGGUAUCACUUGCUCCGACCCAAGGAGCUUCUUUACGAGUCACAGAGGAUCAUUGACGCUCCGGGAACCUCCGGAAAUAUUGCACGUCCCCCUGUCAAAUCCCUCAUCCUCUCCCUCCCUAUGCUCAGAGAAUCGUCCCUAGCACCAAUUCCCCUCCUCGCACCUUCGCCACCCCUUCCCCCUCUCCAGCUUGACAUCCCGGUGCUUUUUCAACAUGCAGUCUCGGCCGAAAGGACCACGGCAGUUGAAGAAUGGGCAAUGGCCACGCUCCCCCAUGCCUACACCGACCCCUUUCCGGGAAACCAGCUUGCCCCUAUCCCUAACCUGGAAGAAGACGAUCCCAUGCUCCCCGCUAGUCCCCCUUACGACCCCGAACAAACCGUCUGGGAUCGCGAGGCUCGUCGACCACUUCCAACGCCGCCCCCAGCACCCCCUGUUACACCCUCAUCCAUGACCCUCGUUGAGGAAGGCCCCACCUCUACUGAGCCUGUCGACGCGCCCUCCUCUCAACCUGCAACGCCCGCAACCCCCGCUUUCACCCCUUCUCCUCCCGCGUCUCCUGCUCCACCAGAGAUGGAUAAAGUGGCUGAGGAAUAUGGUUAUCACAAACCUGCCUGGGAACGCAUGAUCGACACGGCCCUCUGGACUGGUUAUCCCAAUCGCUCCAUCCCCACCUACGAUGUCAACAACCUGCGUGAGCCGCCGCCGACGAUUGGUCUAUGUCAUAAACACCGAAGACUUGUGUAA